GUCUGCGCAGGCGCCGUAGACCCGCGGGGGCCUUCUGGGUAAAAGAUGGACGUCCACGAUCUCUUUCGCCGGCUCGGAACCGGGGCUAAAUUUGACGUGAGACGCUUCUCGGCAGAUGCAGCCAGAUUCCAGAUAGGAAAAAGGAAGUAUGACUUUGAUUCUUCAGAGGUGCUGCAGGGAUUGGACUUUUUUGGAAACAAGAAGUCUUUCUCAGGUGAGUGUGGAGCAUCACAAACAUGUCAGGAGCUCCAAAAUGAAGAGAAAAAAGAAGAGAGCCUAACUGAAAGGAAAAGGGAGCAAAACAGGAAAAAGAGGAAGAAGAUAACUUCAGAAAUUAUUUCUGAAGAAGAAGGUACUACCAUACAGUGGAUGUCAUCUGUGGAUGCAAAGACUGAAGAUAAAAAAGUGAAAGGAGAAAAUAAACUAACUUCAGAAAAAUUGGAGCAUCUCAGAAAGGAAAAGAUAAACGUCUUCCGGAAUAAGCACAAAAUUCACAUCCAAGGAACUGAUCUUCCUGACCCAAUUACUACAUUUCAGCAACUUGAUCAGGAAUAUAAAAUUAAUUCUCGGCUGCUUCAAAAUAUUCUAGAUUCAGGCUUCCAAAUGCCUACACCAAUCCAAAUGCAAGCUAUUCCAGUUAUGCUGCAUGGUCGGGAACUUCUGGCUUCUGCUCCUACUGGAUCUGGAAAAACUUUGGCUUUUAGUAUUCCUAUUUUAAUGCAGCUAAAACAACCUGCAAAUAAAGGUUUCAGAGCCCUGAUUAUAUCACCAACACGAGAACUUGCCAGCCAGAUUCACCGAGAGUUAAUAAAAAUCUCUGAGGGAACAGGAUUCAGGAUACACAUGAUCCACAAAGCGGCAGUUGCAGCCAAGAAAUUUGGACCUAAAUCAUCUAAAAAGUUUGAUAUUCUUGUGACUACUCCAAAUCGACUGAUUUAUUUAUUAAAGCAAGAUCCACCAGGAAUAGACCUAACAAGUGUUGAAUGGCUGGUAGUAGAUGAGUCAGACAAACUAUUUGAAGAUGGCAAAACUGGGUUCAGAGACCAGCUGGCUUCCAUUUUUCUGGCCUGCACAUCUCACAAGGUCAGAAGAGCUAUGUUCAGUGCAACUUUUGCCUAUGAUGUUGAACAGUGGUGCAAACUUAACCUGGACAACGUCAUUACUGUAUCCAUUGGAGCAAGGAAUUCUGCAGUAGAAACUGUAGAACAAGAGCUUCUCUUUGUUGGGUCUGAGACUGGAAAACUUUUGGCCAUGAGAGAACUUGUUAAAAAGGGUUUCAAUCCACCUGUUCUUGUUUUUGUUCAGUCCAUUGAAAGAGCCAAAGAACUUUUUCAUGAGCUCAUAUAUGAAGGUAUUAAUGUGGAUGUUAUUCAUGCAGAGAGAACACAGCAACAGAGAGAUAACACAGUCCACAGCUUCAGAGCAGGAAAAAUCUGGGUUCUUAUUUGUACAGCUUUGCUAGCAAGAGGGAUUGAUUUUAAAGGUGUGAACUUGGUGAUCAACUAUGACUUUCCAACCAGCUCAGUGGAAUAUAUCCACAGGAUAGGUCGAACUGGAAGAGCAGGGCAUAAGGGAAAAGCUAUUACAUUUUUCACUGAAGAUGAUAAACCAUUAUUAAGAAGUGUCGCCAAUGUUAUACAACAGGCUGGGUGUCCUGUACCAGAAUACAUAAAAGGCUUCCAAAAACUACUAAGCAAAGAAAAGAAAAAGAUGAUUAAAAAGCCAUUGGAAAGGGAGAGCAUUAGUACGACUCCAAAAUAUUUCUUGGAAAAAGCUAAGGAUAAACGGAAAAAGGUCAGUAGUCAGAAUAACAAGAAAGUAGCUCUUGAAGAUAGAAAUUAAAAACAGACUUUUUAAAAGAUUACCCCAGAAAUAUAAUUUUAUGAUCCCAGCGUGAAAGUUACUGUCAUGGAUUAUUUCAAGUCUUACAGUCCACUUACACCAAACAUUCUUGAAUCAACUACAAGCACGUGGAACUGGUGAAGAAUGAUUCUAAACAAUCAGUGCAUCAUGUCAAAUUUCAAUUUAUAGGUGACUUUUAAAUUAUUAUACAAUGGAAGUAACGUUCAUUGACAUUUCUGUGAUUUGGAUCCAGAGAGAUACUUCUUAUAGAAGAACAAAAGCUUAUGCUAAAAAUAACAACACCCAAAUGUGGUGAACUCUUAAGGAUUUUUCCCUUCAAGUAUGAAGGAAGACGUGCUGUAUGCUGUGGAGUGGCAUCUGGAACAGAAUUUUGAAAUAAAGCCUUGGCAU